CUUUUUAACCUUCUUUCGUUUCGUUUUGUAUCUUAUCUACAACAAAAAACGUUUCUUCUCCUCUCUGCGUUUCUUUCGCGUUUCGGAUUUUGUUUAUUUGCUUCAUCGCCGUCAGGCUUCAUAGUUCUAAGUUCUUGAUUCAGAUCUUACGAUCUCUUCCUCUUGUUCGUAGAUCUCAAUUCGCUUUCUUGUUCUCUAAUCCGAAAAAAAUUAGGGUUUAUAAGGAAAACUAGAAAAAAAACCCAAUGAUUUUAGAUUUUCUAUGAAUUUCGCAAUCCUCAUUCGUCGAGUUCGAAUUCUUCAUUCUUUUUCAGUUGUAUAUCUCUACUGGUUUUACGUGUUUUCAUGAAGUGAUUUAAUUUAUCAUUGUUCAAAUUUUUUAUUUGACUUUUUAAUUAUAAUCUAACUCAUCCAAAACCCCAAUUUGAUUAAACCCUAAUUUUAGCAGAAUUUCGUUGGUAGUAUUUAAUUAGCUAGUUUUAAGCAAUGCAAAGACAGGCAUCGACGAGCUCGGGAUCUGAUGGUGAUCCGCGUUAUGCCAAUGUGGAUGAGCGAAAAAGGAAGAGAAUGAUAUCGAAUCGCGAAUCGGCAAGGCGGUCGAGGCAGAGGAAGCAGAAGCAAAUGGAGGAUCUAAUUAAUGAAGCGGCUCUGCUGCAGAAUGAGAACAGUAAAUUAAGGCAGAGUGCUGACGUCAGCAGCCAACGCUACGCGGAGGUGAAAUCGGCCAACGAUGUUUUGAAAGCCCAGGCUAAUGAACUGACCGAUAGGCUGCGGUCUUUGAACUCGGUGCUGCAGCUCGUGGAGGAUUAUAGCGGCUUUGCGGUGGACAUUCCUGAGAUACCUGAUCCUUUGUUGAGGCCGUGGCAACUGCCUUGCUCUGUGCAGCCAAUCAUGGCGGCUGCUGAUUUGUUUGAGUAUUGAUUCUGGUGGUUGUUUGUUGGUAUGAGACUUUAUUAAAUUAGGGUUAGAUUAUGUGUUUGUGUGUUUUUGGUCGAGUGUUGUUGUGAUUGGAGUUGUGUCUGUGUCUUGUGCAUAGUUCAGCUUCUGUUUCUAGUCAUGGUUUUAAUUUAGAUGUGUAAUUGUUAUUCCAUCCAAUGUUAUAUUGGAUAUAAUUAUAAUUAUCUUUCUAUUUAUGAACAA